CUCAUUGAUCGGUUUAUAGAUUUUAGGUAAGCGGAGAAGGGUCUGAGGAUGAUUUCGGUCCCGAGAAUCCCCACCCCACGCAUGCCAAAGUUAAAUCACCGCCGAGUUAAUUCCACACAACCGUUUUCUUCAUUCAAUCUCCUUUUCUCUCGUCCCGUAUCAAGAAGCCGUGUUGUGGAUGUGACUUUUUCCACACUGGAUUUGGGCCACGAGUUGUGGGGAUCGUGGGGCACAUACGUUACGUACUACGAGAUGCCUCUGUGCUAUAUACAGCCAUACACUCUAGGACUCAUUCAAUAUCGCAUCAAUUCUAAAUAUCAUACAAGACGAGGAGCAGUAAGUCGUCGAACAAAAAUUACAUCCCAGCUAUAAAUUCAUUGAAAAGCUUUCACCAUGGAUAGAGCAUCACACAUCGUGAUUAUUGGAGCAGGUAAAAUACUUCGUUCCCCUUUACUCGGGUUUCACCAUCUGACAGCUUUCAGGCAUGGGAGGAUUGGCAUGCGCGUUGUCUUUGGCCAAGGAGGGCUUUACGAACAUCGAUGUCUAUGAGACAGCGUCAAAUUUAGGAUUUGUCGGUGCUGGCAUUCAAUUGGCGCCAAAUAUGGCUAGAGUUUUGGAUAGAUUGGGAUGUUGGAAAGAGAUCGAGGCCGAAGCUGUAGAUCUGAAAGAAACUAGUAUUAGACGUAUGUCCUGGUCUUUUUUUUUGGUCAUUUUUCUUUCCUCACCUGUUCUCCCCAAAGUUCGAUAUCAAAUAUCGUAUCCCGUGUCACACACCUCCUACCAAAUCAUGAAACUGACCUAGAGAUAGAGGGCGAUUCCGAUAAUGAGCUAGCUCAUGUGGAUCUUUUGUACAUUAGAGAUACCUAUGGUUACCCUCACAUGGUAGGUCACCGAUCCAACCUUGCUGGCUCUAUGUAUGAGGCUUGCAAGAAGGAAAGUGGCAUCAAGUUCCACUUUUCCACAACAGCCGAAGCCGUAGAGUCCUUUGGUCCCAAACCAGUCCUCAAGGUCAAGCCGCGCGAAGGAGAAUCUUAUAAUGUCGAAGCAGAUGUCAUUCUCGCAUCAGAUGGUAUCAAAUCUAUCGUUCGAUCAAAGAUUUUGGCUGAAUUGAGCCAUGAUGCACAUAUUACCGACACGAAUCAGGCAGCAUACAGAAUUAUGCUAAAGCGAGAGGACAUGGAAAAAGACCCCGAACUUUUGGAACUUAUCAAUGGAGAAAAGGUCACGAGAUGGAUUGGAGAGAAAAGGCAUAUUAUUGCUUACCCAGUCUCAAGCAAGCAGAUUUAUAACCUCUCCACCGUCCAACCUGAUACCAACUUCGCCGCCGCUCCAUCCGCCACUUAUACUACCAAAGGUGACAAGGCUGCUAUGUUAAAUAUUUUCUCCGAUUUCUGUCCUAAAGUCCAACGUAUGCUGAAUCUUGUCCCUGAUGGCGAGGUAUGCGAAUGGAAACUACGCGUUCACAGCCCUCUUCCUACUUGGGUUCGGGGUUCCAUCGCACUUGUCGGAGAUGCCUGCCAUCCAACCCUUCCUCAUUUGGCUCAAGGUGCCGCACAAGCAAUUGAGGACGCUGCCGUCUUGGGUGCCGUCUUUUCUAAAUGUCCUUCCAGCGAUCCCUCGGAUAUCAACAAAUCGCUACUCGUCUAUGAAAGUGUAAGGAAAGAACGUGCCGAGACACUUGUCGAGCUAGCUGCACAAUCCGGGCGAGCUUUGCAUUUAGGAGAUGGAGCUGCAAAGGCGGAGAGAGACAAGCAAUUCGCUGCAUUGAAGCAAAAGGGUGGUGCGGUUCCAGAUAAAUGGGCGGAUUCCGAGGUCCAGAAGAAGAUUUAUGGUUUUGAUUGUUAUCAAAUUGCUCUUGAUAGGUUUGAUGAUUUAUUUGCGAAGGUCAAAGAGGGUCAAUUUGUUGGCCUGGAACAAUCGGUCAACAGCAGUGGUGGAAAUGGAAAUGCUGCUAAAAUAUAAUGUCAUUGUAGAUGGGAUCUUACAAGGUAAAACUUCUUGAAACUUCACAUGAAAUGUUUGUUAUUCGUCCAUUU